GCCACAGGCCUGGCCUGCCACACAGAACAGUACAUGUAUGUACCAAAGGUCAUUUAUCGUCCUCCUUACAUAAAUUAUAGCGACUCGAUCUUGUACAUCUUCAUCCAACACCGUACAAACCUCAGUACAUUCUUCGUGCUACCUUUGUAAUUAUCCUUUGGGCAUCAGUUUGACUAUGGAAUGGAGUAGUACUUAUCUUCAUAAAUAAGAUGACCCUUGGAGUCAAAGAACAGGCGAGGACAACAAAGGUCGAUUAUUGCCCCACUUACAUAAAUUAUAGCGACUCCAUUUGGGCCAUUUCCCCACACGGCACAAACUGAACAUGUCGCACAGCAAGACCGCUCUCGUCACCGGUGGGACCCGAGGAAUCGGCUACGGUAUAGCCGAGGAGCUCGCCUCUGUCGGCUACGAUCUUGUUCUAGGCUACCGACAGAACCAAGAACGUGCCCAAGACGCCAAAGCACACCUGGAGGGAACGUACAAGGUGCGCGUGUUUCUGGUUGGAGGCACGACAGAAGAAGAAGCCACAGUGGACGCUUACUUCUCCUGUAUCGACCAGAACUUCGGCGGUAAGCUGAACGCGCUCGUCCACAACGCCGGUGGCUACUGGGGAGGCAUCGCCGCCGGCAAACCAGACGCUAACGGCAGCUGGUUCCAGGGUUGGGAGGCGUACGAAUACUACCAGGGCAUGUACCCCAAAUGUUUCAUCAGGCUCGUGGAAAAGGCGGUCACCCGGAUGGAGGACGAGCGAGGGUACAUCGUCGCCGUGUCUUCUCCUGGGUGCAACAAUAACCAAAGCCCCCACCUCAACUACAUCAUGCCUGGCAUCUCCAAGUCCAGUAUGGAGUACCUGGUCCGCCACUACGCCAAGCAGCUGGCUCCCAGAAGGAUCACCUGUAACGUCAUCAUUCCGGGGUUCGCCAAAACCGAGGCCUGGGACCCGAUGCUGGAGAACUUCGGCGCGGAUCGGGUAGAUGGGAUGGUGAAGUCGUACGGCAUGAAGCGGUGGAGCGAUCCGCGGGAGUACGGCGGGGUCGUGGCGUUCCUGUGCUCGGAAAAGGCGGCGUUCGUCACCGGGGUUACCCUACCCGUGGACGGAGGGUUCCACCUGGGAAAGUAACUGAUCCUGGAAGAAGUAGUUGCAUAAAUUAUGCCACCCGAACUGCACAGGAAAGUUCUGACGACUUACAGCGGUCAGACUGCCUAUUGGCAAUUAAAAAUGACUGUAGUAACCAGUUCCACCCGGGAAGGUAACUGAUCAAAUCUAGUUAUAAUGAAGAAGAGUAUCUUAAAAUAAACGAACGUCUAAGAACUAUCAUCACCAAACUAGAAAUCAGCUGUCAUGCACUCCGUAUCGAAUCAGGACGGCACAACCGCACACCUCUGGAGCAAAGAAUUUGUCAAUUUUGUAGCUUGAACAAGGUAGAAGAUGAAGUCCACUUUGUCGUACAUAUGUAAUAUACGUGACACAAUUUCUGCCACCUCGACUGCACAGAAAAGGUCUGUCGACUUCAAAGAGUCCGUCAGACUGGCUAUUGGCAAGUAGAAUGUCUGUAAUUGUAGCAACGUGCAAUGUCAAUACAACCAUGAACAGGCUAUUUUGUUGUUAGUAUAUAAUUGAUGAAACGUGUUUUUUUGGAUUCCCACUGUAUAUCUAAACUUGCAAAGAGAUAGUAACAUCUCCAAGGAAAAGCGUAUAGAACACUUGUAACACAAAACUCGAUAUCUUGUGAUACCAGUAUGUUGAACUACAACAAAAUAAAGCAUCCAUAUACUAUAUCUAAGUUGCUUUUAAAUGUUUGUUUUAUUUCUAUCUCUGCAUGGUAACUUCAACAUUACACACAAUAAAACAUCCCUGCAUUGCCGUACAGGUAUCUGGAGGUUCAUAUAAACACCAUAAAAGUGGAGAUUUGGUGACAUAUCUCGAUAAAAGAGCCCAUCCUCUUUAGGGUCAAAUCGUUAUACAUGCAAUUCAAAAUCUCACAAAACGUUCACAGCGGGUACUUCUAGUGCUUAUACAGUAUUGCAAAUCUGCACGUGUGUUGAGUACCCACCCCCUUUGAAGUGUUAAUGAACAAUGAUGAAGCAAUACAAAUGUUUGACCA